AUGCGCUUCUCUAUCGAGGGUCCAAGUGAGGCUCAAAUCGAAUGCAGUGACAAUUGUGAUGGUUCUGCUCGAGUAACUUAUUGGACCUCGGCAGCCGGCGAGUACGCAGUGCAUGUGAUCUGUGAGGACGAGGACAUACCAAACUCGCCCUACAUGGCAAACAUUGUUGCCAGCCCUCAUGGCAUCGAUCCUUCUAAGGCAAGUCUAAUAAAAAUUAUGAUCCUGUCUUAUUCGACAAGGGCCGUUUACGGUAACGUAAAAGUCUAUGGCGCUGGGGUUGAGGACCCAUCCACUCGGUCUCCGGGCUCUGGUGCAGCCUUGCACAGCACGUCUUCCUCAUCAGGCCUUAUGCUUAACGAACCUGCCAAUUUUUUUAUCGACCUCUCAGAGGCCUUUGCUGGUGUCAGUCCUAGCGAUCUUGCCGAACUGGGUAUCACCAAGCUGGAUCUCGAUCAAGUGGAGCGGCUAGUUCAGGUCACCUGUCAUGAUCCAUUUGGCGAUUCUGUUCCCGUGACCGUGAAAGCAACAGCAAAUCAGUCCAGAACUCGACUGCUGUCCGGUCAGUCUGUGUCUAUGGAUCUACUUUCCUGCCAAUAUACGCCAUCCUGUGUGGGCACACAUACGAUCGGUGUUGCAUUGAAUGGUGUCGGUGUUCGAGGCAUGCCGUUCAGACUGUGA